GUUGAGAAGGAAAGCGUGGCAGGGCUUGCCGUAAGAAUUGGAGUGUACUGGGCAGUCGUCCGUGUCUGCCAUGAGCGGUCCAGUGCGGACUGAGCCUCUGCACGGUGAGACCUCUCUGCUGGCGACCAGCGACUCCUACUCGGUGAUGGUUCUGCAGCGCGGCUAUGCGGAGCCGCAGGGGACGGGCAACGCGGUCCGUGCUGAUGGCACUGUGACCCUCGUCCUGCCCCGGGCCUGGGCUUCGGGUUCCAGCCGCCCAAUGGCCCCGUCCGCAGACGGCAGCACGAAGACUGCCCUGGAGGAGGCGGUGCGUGGCCCCAUUCUCGUCGACACCGGAGGCCCCUGGGCUCGGGAGGCGCUGCUGGAAGCCCUCGCUAGGCAGGGCGUGGCCCCCGGAGACGUGACUCUGGUGGUGGGGACCCACGGGCACUCAGAUCACAUCGGGAACCUAGGGCUGUUUCUCCAGGCGGCUCUGUUAGUGUCCCAUGACUUCUGCCUUCCCGGGGGCCUCUAUCUGCCUCAUGGACUGUGUGAAACGCAGCCCUUGAUACUAGGCUCCGGAUUGCAGGUGUGGGCCACGGCGGGCCACGGAGGACAGCGCGAUGUGAGCGUCGUAGUGGAGGGCACCAGCCUGGGCACCGUGGUGGUGGCUGGCGAUGUGUUCGAGCGCCUUGGGGACGAGGACUCUUGGCAGGCCCUGAGCGAAGACCCAGUAGCUCAGCAGCGGAGCCGGGAGAGGAUCCUGGGUGUGGCUGAUGUGGUGGUGCCUGGUCACGGACCCCCCUUUCGGGUGGUCAGGGAAGCGGUGAAGAGAACGGAGGAUUUGGUAUGUGAAGACAAGGAAGCUACUUAACUGGACUCCCAUUAGGAAAGUCCUUCCAGCGGAACUGGAGUCCAGAAAACCGAAAGGACACAGGCAGAGCAAGCAAGACUUGUCAUGUUCAGCCUUUGCAGGAGGCAGCUUCCAAACAAGACGGAAUGACUGACAUCAGCCACCAUUAGCACUGUCUGCAAACUAAGUAGGACGAAGGACUGGGUCAGCCCUGCAUCCUCUGUGAGCCUCUGUAAAACACAGGAAAAUUUUUUUCUUUUUUUUUUCAGAGAAAAUAUUUUUUUUAAAUUAAAAUAUUGA